CCCGCAUGCCCCCAAAGGAGGAAAAAGCCUCCGUCCCUCCUGAAACUGGUUUAGUGAAAAGGUUUGGUGCAUACUGGAAACACCAGGGUCCUAGCUGAAAAGAGAAACCUCACAUUUUGAACCACUGAAGUUUGUGAACCAAUGAAGACGGAUUCUGUUGCCAUGACAUCUCUUGCUGGGGAGCGUAAGCAGGGGACGGUGUGCAUUUUUGGCACUGGAGACUUUGGACGCUCUCUGGGGCUUCGUCUGCUCCAGGCAGGAUAUGAGGUCGUGUUUGGGUCACGUGACCCCAAGAACUCGGCACUGGUGCCCAAGGGUUCAAAGGUCAUGACCCACACAGAGGCAGCACAGAUGGCUCAGGUGAUCUUCAUAGCCGUGCAGCGAGAUCACUAUGACUUCCUGACAUCGCUGACCCCUGCUCUCGAGGGCAAGGUGCUGGUGGACAUCAGCAACAACCUGAAGAGGGGCCAGUUCCCACAAUCCAAUGCCGAGUACCUGAGCAGCCUGGUUCCUGGAGCGUCUGUGGUGAAAGGCUUCAACACAGUGUCAGCCUGGGCCCUGCAGUCAGGGGCGCUGGACGCCAGCCGACAGGUGCUGGUGUGCGGGGAUGACCCUAAAGCUAAGCAAGCAGUAGUGGACAUUGCCCACAGUCUGGGGCUGACUGUCCAGGACAGGGGCUCCCUCCGUGCUGCUGGGGAGUUGGAGGACAUCCCCCUGCAGCUCUUCCCCAACUGGAGGCUCCCUCUCUGGAUCGCCACGGGGCUCACCGCCUUCUUCUUCUUCUACCUGCUCAUCCGGGACGUCAUCUAUUCCUACGUCGUGGACGGAAAAGACAUGUCCUUCCGGAUCAUGAUCUCCCUGGCCAACAAAGUGUUUCCUAUUGUGUCGCUGAUCAUGCUGGCUCUGUGCUACCUGCCGAGCAUUCUGGCGGCCAUCUUGCAACUGUAUAACGGCACCAAGUACAAGCGCUUCCCUGAUUGGCUGGACCGCUGGAUGUUGUGCAGGAAGCAGCUGGGGUUGGUGGCUUUGGCUCUGGCCUUCCUGCAUGUGCUCUAUACCUUAGUCAUCCCCAUCAGAUACUACGUCAGGUACAAGGCAGCUGCUGGCACCAUCUCACAGAUCAAAGACAAUGUAACAAGACCGUUUGACAACACAAUGGCCUGGCGGGGAGACUCCUACUACUCUCUUGGAAUUCUGGGAUUUGGCCUUUAUGUGUUGCUGGGAAUCACCUCUCUGCCCUCUGUUAGCAAUGCACUCAACUGGAGGGAGUUCCGCUUUGUACAGUCUAAACUAGGUCAUGUGACACUGCUGUUGUGUACCGCCCAUGCUUUGCUGUACGGCUGGGACAAGUUCCUCAAGCCUUACAAGUUUUGGAUGCCACCCGGCUACAUGCUGUCCCUGGUGGUCCCCUGUGUGGUGCUGGUCUCCAAGUUGAUCCUGAUCAUGCCGUGCGUCGACCGCACCGUCACCCGGAUUCGCCAGGGCUGGGAAAGACCGACCAAAGGCACCGCACUGAGCAACGGCACUACUCAACAACCCCUUAUGGCAUAGAGAUUAGAGUUUAUGUAAACAUCUAUAUAUUUUUGCACUUGAUAAACUUGUACUUGUAUAAAAGUUUGUAUUUUUUCCCAACUGUUUUAUGUAUGAGAUGCUGAUGAUGAUAUUGAUUUUACAUUGUCAUAUGUGGUAUGUAUUCAGAUUUAUGUGCAUUUCGUGUAGGAUGGCUGAUUAAAUAUCAGAUAUAUUGAAUGGCAUAAUAUAUCUAACGUACACAUGCUCAUAAAUCCCUACACGGCCCUGGGGUGGUCGGUAUUUUACAUCUGUGAUUUUUUUGUUGUUGUUGUUUUCAGUUCAGCUGAAAUGGCGCUCUUUUAAACCUGGUGGUGUUGAGCUCGGGCAAUGUCCCCAGAACCCUGCCAUUUUUUUCUUCUUCUUCUUCUUCUUUUUUUUUUUUAAAAUUUUUUUAGAAAAUGAAUGAGCAAUAAAUUAUGGCUGCCGAGCACACCGAGUAGCAUGCUGCUCUUCCAGGCCUCCACCACCAACGGCCAACAGCAGAACACAAGCUGUAAUCGAACUGAAUGGGGCAGAUAAUGAUUACUACUGCUUGCUGAGCACACUGGGCGUCUGUUGCCCGUCCAGCUCUGGCUGAAAGCUAGCUGGCCCUCCACGGUGCAAGCAUGGCUGUGGUUGGCUCGCCUUGAAUGUUGCUAACGAUAGAUAAUGCCUUCCUCAGUGAUGGAUUGAGCCCAUCGCGGGUUUGGCUGGAGCUCGGAAGUGAAUGAGUACCCCCUCUUCCUGAUGAAAUCCUUUCUUCCUUUCAAAGCAUUCAAGUUGGCGACUUGGCCAGAAGUUAACUGGUUGUUUAGUUUUGGGGUUUUUUGUGUCCUCAGAACCUGAUGGUCUUGCUCAUUUCCAGAUAAUUAUUCGAGACUCUGUUUCCAGCAGUAUGCAGUAAAAUGCAGCAAUGUGCAGGGGAUUCAUGUGUACUUUUUAGUGUUUGAGUUUUAAAAAAAAAUAUUACUUUGUCUACAUUUGCCUCAUUUAUCUGGCCUGUCCAAGCUAUUCAUUUCACACCCACAACUCACCCACAAUAUUUCAUACUGACAUUCUUGAUUAGCAAUCAAAAAGAUUAUUUUUCUUCUGUCUUUGCUGUUGGUGAUGGCAUCUGUACUAUUUGUAAUGAUACAAGUUAGUCUUGCCUUCCUGCAAAAGAUGUGAUUCAGAAUACCUGGCAUACCUGGCUACAAUUAGCAACACGUGUUCAACCUGUGUAUCUCAAAUGCCAUUCCCUAAAGCUUAGACAGGGUAUCAAACACACGUACUGUAAUUAUUGUUGCAACUGUCUGCAGUUUGAUCCAUUCAUGUUUUGUUCUCAGUAUAGUCUUUGAGGAGUCGGUUUCCUCUGACCAAUGCUGUUAUGCAGCUGUUGUUGCAUUAAAGGAAUAGAUGUCUCUAAAGUGGCAGAGUAGCCCAGAACUUAAUUUAUUUCCCCGGAAUUUGAUUAAUUGCUCCCAUUUUUCUCCUUAUAUUAAUGCUCACCUCCAUUUGACAGGUGUCUGUCAUGUGAUGUUUCUCUCUCUCUCUCUCUCUCUCUCUGUGUGUGUGUGUGUGAUACAUUACAUAGAGAGCUGCACCUACACUCACGAAAGAACACACACACACACACACACACAGAGAGAGAGAGAGAGAGAGAGAGUGAGAGAGAGAGAGAGGCACACACAAAGCUUCUGCUUUUUAUUUUUUAAGUUUUUUGAGACUUUAUGAAAUUAUUCAUAGGAUCUUACAUAAGCCAUUCAUAAUUCAGUCUAUCUUUAUAUCUUUCUGAGUACAGUCCUUAGUGCAUGUGUUCGUCAAAGACUGAAGGACAACACAGCCACCGACCAAGUCAUUUGCAGCUAUUUGUCUAAUAUUGAAUGACGAUAUUAUACAGUGACAAAAGGACUGAUUCAGUAUGCAUGAAUAUGAUAACAUUUUCUUUCAAGUUUUCUUAUCAAUAUACAAUAAAUGUUUAAUGUAAUACCGCU